GCGGCAGCGGCGGUGGCGGGGCCAUGCGCGGCGGGAGCGGCGGCGGGGGCGGGUCAGCGUGGGGGGAGCCGCCAGCCCGGGGCCGCCGAGCCCCGCUCGGGCUGCGGGACGGCGAUGGGGGCGCGGGAGCUCCGGCUGCUCCUCGCCGCGGGGCUGCUCCUCGCCGCCGGUACCGGCACCACCGGGAGCGGCGGAGGUGACAGCUCGCACCAGCGCCACGCAGAAUGGGGACACUCCUGGCAUGUGACCCCCUGGGUCCUGAGGGACAACCGGACACUCAGCCUGGCAGAGGCGACCCAGGGGGGGUUCCCUGCCCAGUUGCGGGUCCUGCUGGAGCUGGAGGGGACGCGGCUGGUGCUGGAGCUGGAGCAAAACUGGGAGCUGGUGCGGGGUGCCGGGGCGCUGCUCUACUACCUGCCCAACGGCACGCAGGUGACGCGGGAGGCCAGAGAGCAGGAGCACUGCUGCUACCGGGGGACGGCGCAGGGCUUCCCUGGCUCCUGGGCCAGCCUCUGCGCCUGCGCUGGACUCAGUGGCCACCUCCGGCUGUCGGAGACCAGGAGCUACGGGCUGGAGCUGGAUGCUGGCAGCCCCCCAGGGCGACACAUCGCGUACCAGGCGCGGGAGGUCCGGUUGGCACCACGGGCCUGCGGGCAGGGCCCCCUGGACCCACCCCAGGCAGAGGCAGAGGAGGCAGAGCCCCCCUGGCCACAGAGGGGCAAGCGGGCGGUGGCGGAGCAGCGGUUUGUGGAGCUGGUGAUGGUGGUGGACCACGCUGCGUUCCAGAAUUACCCCAACCUGCAACGUGUCCGCACCCGGACCCUAGAAAUUGCCAACCAGGUGGAUGCGUUCUUCCAGCCCCUGGGAUUGCGGGUGGCCUUGCUGGCAGUGGAGGUCUGGAGUGAGGGUGACCAGUUUGUGGUGGGUAGCAGUGCCCGGGCUGCACUGGAGCGGUUCCUGCGCUGGCGCCGGGAGGAACUGCUGCCCCGGCUGCCCCACGACAAUGCCCAGCUCCUCACGGGCACCCGCUUCGAAGACGUCUCGGUGGGGAUGUCUGCUCAAGCCUCCAUGUGCUCCCCUACGCGCUCUGGGGGGGUCAGCAUGGACCACUCGGUCAGCGUCCUCGUCGUUGCCUCCACUGUGGCCCAUCAGCUGGGGCACAACCUGGGCAUGCGUCACGACAGCGCCGGGCGCUUCUGCGACUGCAGCGACCUCCGGCAGGACCGCGGCUGCAUCAUGGCAUCACCCACAGGGCUGACACCCGGCUUGAGCUUCAGCAACUGCAGCCGGCAGGACCUGGAGCACAGCCUGCGGCAGGGACAGGGCUGGUGCCUCUCCAACGUCCCCGAGCCCCGGCGCCUGGCUGGGAGCCCCCGCUGCGGCAACGGCUUCCUGGAGCCGGGCGAGGGCUGCGACUGCGGCCUCAGCGUGGAAUGCACCGAUCCCUGCUGCAACAGCAGCAUCUGCCAGCUGGUGCCUGGGGCCGAGUGUGCCACGGGGGAUGCCUGCUGCCAGGACUGCCAGCUGCGCCGUGCCGGAUACCUGUGCCGGGAGCCCCUGGGCGAGUGUGACCUGCCUGAAUUCUGCGACGGGGUCUCACCACGCUGCCCACCCGACGCCUUCCUGCAGGACGGGCAGCCCUGUGCCGGUGGGCGAGCAGUCUGCUACGGUGGGGCCUGUGCCACCUACGAGGGGCAAUGCCAACAGCUGCUGGGGCCAGGUGCCGGCCCUGUCUCCAGCUCCUGCAUGGCCUCCCUGAACGCAAAAGGGGAUGAGCGUGGGCACUGCGGGCAGCUCCCCAACGGCUCCUACGUCACCUGUGCCCAGCGGGAUGCUGGCUGUGGGAUGCUGCAGUGCCAGCGUGGCAGCACCCACAGGGACAGACCAGAAGGGUCCUGCCAGGGCACCCUCCUGCCUGGGGAUGAAGAUGUGAGUGAUGCAGCUAUGGUGCUGCCGGGCACUGUCUGCGGCCCUGGGAAGGUGUGCCUCCAGCGCCGAUGCCAGGACAUUUCCACUCUGGGUGACCAGCAGUGCCGGAGCAAGUGCCACGGGCACGGGGUGUGCAACAACCACGGGCACUGCCACUGCGAGCGGGGCUGGGCCCCCCCAACCUGUGAGAGUCCCGGCGCGGGGGGCAGCCAGGACAGCGGCCCCGCUGCCCUGGAACGAGGGGGGAGCGCCCUGCCCACCGCCCUGCUGCUGAGCGCACUGCUGGGGCUGGCCCUGGCACUGGGCCUCUGCUAUGCCCGCCGUGCCGGGCUGCACAAGCACCUCUGCCAGCUCGGCAAGGGGACCUCCUGCCAGUACAGCGCUGAGACCCGGGUCCGAUUCCUGGGUCCAGAAGCCCCAGACGGCUGGAGCGGGAUCUCACAGCCGGAGCCCCGGUCGGGCAGCCAGGGCCCCCCCGAGCGCCCCCGGCCCCCACAGUGGCGUCAGGCCACGGAGCUGCAGGUCAUGCACAGCAGCAAGCCGGCUGCCCUCAGCUCGGCACGGCCUGAACCGCCGUCCCGGCCUCUCCCGCCGGACCCUCCUCCCAAGGCCCCCCCCUCGGACAGGCCGCCCCCCCCCACACGCCCACUGCCUGCGGACCCCGUGGCCCCCGGCACUCAGCCCCCAGGUCCAGCCAAGCCCCCUCCGCCUCAGCGGCCGCUGCCCUUGGACCCCCCCGGGACUUUGCUCCCCCCCAGUGACACACCCCCCGGGCACCCCUAUGUCACAGUGAUUCCCUCCAGGCCGGCCCCCCCGCCGCCGGCGGGGGCCCAGCGGGAGGCCUGAGCCGCGGGCCGGGGCCGCCGCAGCGCUGGAGCCGCGGGGGGAGGCGUCGCCCCCCGCUUGUGUGUGUGUGUCGUUCCCCCCCCCCCCCCUCCCACCGCCGACGCCAAUAAAGGGCUGUGAGCUGCC